UUGGAAGAGACAGGUAGAAGCUGAACGGUCUCGUUCUAGGCAUAUCUAAGGUUCCGUUCGUUGCUGAGUUAAGCAAUAAUCUAUUGUUAAAUCGGCUUUAACCGUUUUAUUUCUAUAGCUCUAAAGGAAUCUAGUUUCUUCAAAAAAGUGGAGUCAUCCGACAUAAACGGAGUUGGUGUAAAUGUGAGAGGAUGUUCUCAAAAGGAUCUGACUACGAUUACAGGCGGCAGGAUGCUGACAGAAAUUCAAGAAGGAAACGGGGUGACUAUGGUGACAGACGGGAAGAAGGGCGAGACUUCCACAGUAAUACUCCUCAGGACUCCUAUUAUAAAUACAGCAGAGAUGGACACAGUAGCACAGACAGGGUGAGCAAAAGUGGAGAAUACAGCAACUCUUCCAAGAGGCUGUGCAGUUCAGAUUCAUCGAGCAGAGACUGGAGCAGAAAGAGCCCCACGAGGAGGCGUAUGUCCCCACCUGGUUGGGAUGGACCUGAAGAAAAAAGGCGAAGGCAUACAGAUGAAGAUGAUGCAAAUUAUAGAUAUAAACGGGAUUCUGUAGAAAAAACUCACAGGCCGUUACCAGCUAGUUUUUCACGUAACCAACAGUUAAGAUACUCACCGUCUUAUGAAGAUGGUGGCAGGUACAGGAACACGUCUCCGUAUUCCAGGUCCAGGCAUCAACAGGAAGAGUUGCCUCUGAAAAAACAGUUUGAGGAUUUCAGUGAAAGAGAUUUAUCUGAUUGUUUUAAAGCAAGUGUUUAUCAGAACAGGAGACAUGGGUAUUCACAGGAGAGGACGCAGUCACCAGAUAACACUACAAAGAUUCAAGCCAAGAUGAGAGAGAGGAUACCCGACCCCUCUACAUCUGCGUACUAUGACGAAUACUGCGACAGUAGGGCCGCCGCGCCACUAAAUGGAUCCGGUGGGCGGUCUUUUGAAAGCGACGCCCCUCGACAGAGUGCUGCACUCCCUGAAGUCAAGUCAUCUAAAGGCUUCCAGCGCUUUCUUGACGUACUCAACAAGGGUGUGAAUGUUGACGUUCUCACUCAGAUAGUAAGUCAGACCCCUAAACCGCCCUGUGAGGGGCACAUUUAUCCAAGGUCUCUUGUGAAUGUUGGAGAUCAGCGGUUGUCUCCCUUUUGCACUGAGAGGCAACAGAAACACUACAAAGAUAACAGCUACUGGAAUGAAAGUAAGGGAUCCCUCAGGUCAACAUCUCCACAACCUCAUCACGGGUCCGCCAGUCCAAAUAGGAAUCCUGUUUCUGUCGGGGAGAGCUUCUUUGGCUGCAAGUCAGUGGAAAAGAAGACCAUGAUGCCAGAAGAUGAGCAAAAGCACAAGCAAAUGCAAGAUGUUUUGCAGGCUAUUGGCAUGGAUUUGGGAUUCGAAGAGCUCGGCCAAAUGUCUCAUCGAAUCCAGGAGCGACUCUAUGGCAAGAGGGAUAAUGAGCGCGGCCGCAGGUUAAGUAGAGAAAGAAGUGUUGGGCAAGCUUUCACUGUGGGACGUCGAAGUAGAUCUCCAUCAAGCAGAUCUAGUUUUACCCCACAGCGUCAGAGCUCUUAUACAAAGAGAGACUCGUUCAGUGAUACAAGGGACGAAGCAGACAUGCAGCAGUCUGAAUACAGUCCAGAGUUAAGUAGGAAGUCUUUUCUGGAUGUUCAGGACAGUAUGGAAAGUAAAAUAAGCACGGGGAAAAGCAUUCCUGCACUGAACGCUUUCCCGUUCAACCCCAUGGAUGCUGUAAAGCAACCUCCUCCUGCAACGAUGCCACCGGUUCCACCAGUCCAACUGUAUUCUCCCAUCAGCCAUUUACGACUGCCGUACCCAACUGUUCCUCCCCCUCCACUUCCUUUUUUCCCCCGUGUUGCACCAGGAGUUUUCUUUCCUCGUGUUCCUCCCAUGCUCCUCCAAUCACCUCUGCCACCUCCAAAUGUCUGUCCUCCUUUAUUCGCUCAAGGGAGACCGUCACUUCCACCGCACCUGCAGCUUUUAAAUCCAGCAAAUGUUAAUGCUCAACAAGCCGUGAACACAACGCAGACGUCGAAAACGCAGGAAAGGCACCGCUUCCUGCAGGUUAUUAAGUGAGUGCAGCGUGUCUUCACUGAAAUAAGACGCAGUAGGACAAAGGGUUUGUAGCUUUUUUUUUUUUAUUAUUUUUGUAAAAUGUGCAAAACAAAAAAUGGAGCUGGGUUAAAAUUGUAUGUUGGAGGUUAAAAAAAAAUGACACUUCAGUUAAUUGACAUAACGUAAUCAACCUACAAAGUGCACAUUAUUGCAUCUGAUGAAAGAUCAUAAACACUGGAGAUUUACUAAUAACUGGACCAGCAGAUUAAAUGUAUAUAUACACACACACACAUGCCUAUGUUUCAUUGUAAUUUGGACUGAUCUUAAAGGCAUCAUAAAGGCAGACUGUUGAAUAUUUUUGUUGGUCGGGAUCAUCCCUUUUUUUAUUUUAUUUGUGUACAUGUAGUUAACUGUUGUGUAAUAAUCUGAAGUGUACAAUAUUAAAGACAGUUAUUCAAAGUAAA